CGGGCAGGUAGCCUCAUCAACUUGAGCUGGCCCACGAUGGCCCUAUUCACAUUCCCGAAUCCCUCAGACGCAUCGGUGCAACUCUUGGAGCAAAAUGGAUUCUGUGAUUGACCUCUCCGAUGCCUCCAAGGCGCUAGACCUUGCCAACAUUCGCUCCCAGCUCAUACGAUUGGAAGAUACAAUUACCUUUCACUUGAUCGAGCGCGUCCAGUUUCCUCACAAUAAGACCAUAUACGUCCCCGGCGGCGUCCACACGGGUAACAGCGACUUAAGUCUGUUCGACUGGAUGCUCCGCGAGCAAGAACGCCUGCAAUCCCUCGUGCGCCGCUACCAAUCCCCCGACCAAUACCCUUUCUUUCCCGAUGUCCUUCAAGAACCCAUUCUGCAGCCCCUCGAGUAUCCUAAAAUCCUAUGGGAGAACGACGUCAACGUCAACCCGCAGCUAAAGGACUGUUAUGUCAACCAUAUCCUCCCAGCAGCAUGCAUACAAACUGGGCGCGAGGACAGGGGAGAAUCGCAGGAGAACUACGGUUCAGCAGCCUCGUGUGAUGUCUUGACGAUCCAGGCUCUGUCGUGCAGGAUACACUUCGGCAAAUUCGUUGCCGAGGCCAAGUUCCAGAAGGAGCCGGAGCGCUUUGCGAAGUUGAUCAAGGACGAAGACCGGAAAGGCAUCGAUGAGGCCAUCACAAAUGCGGCAGUGGAGAAGAAGGUCUUGGAAAGGUUACGGCUGAAGGCGAAAACCUACGGUACCGAUCCAGACCUGGGAGCCAGUGGCCCUUCCAAGGUCAACGCGGAUGCCGUUGUGGCCAUGUACAAGGACUGGGUCAUUCCACUCACGAAGGAAGUGGAGGUGGAAUACCUCAUGCAGCGACUAAAGGGCACGCAGUGGGAAUAGGGCUUGUGACUAACCGCAAGUAUCGAAUUUACGAAUGCAGGACGAUUUCAAAUACAGGCCAAGCAGGCAACCUUGAAACACAAUCCAAUAGGAUUCAAGACCUUCCCCAUUCGAACAGAAUAGCAAGUGAAGAAAGCAGCACUAAGAUGGGCACCCCCUGCCCAGGUCCUGCAGUAGCGGAAUGAGUUCACCAGCAUUCAGCCACCGUAACACUCUAGCUUUGAAAUGCUCAAUAUUGCCGUAUUUGUGUUCCUCAAACGCCGUAGCUAGUUAGCACAGCGUGCCCAGAUGGUAAGCGUAAGCUAACAACGUAGUAGAUCUCACAGUUCGUGGGAUGCAAAGUCAUGCGCCGGUCGAGGGAUUCCGAACGCUAAUCUGUCUUAGGCUUUAAUCACUACACCC